GGCUCGGCCCAAAAAAACAACUGGUCUAGAAAUGAAUCCGAGGGAGUUUUGUAAGCAAAAGAAAGGUAGGCAGGCAGGAGGCAGAUAUUGCCGUCGGUCUUAUCCUCCAUUGUUGUAAUACACGCAAAAGCUGCUCAUUCUGUGCUUGAAAGCUGAGCGGCUCCUUUGUGUGGAUGGGUCUCUCCUCUAUCUUAUGACAAAAUACGAGGAACCCAUCAGCUUGUACUUUAGACGAUGUCCUCUUUUCUCUCUUUUUCUCUAACCACAACCUCUAUUCUCUCUCAUCCUUUAUUUUCUCCUGUUUUCUCUCUUUAUCCCAAUUCUUCCCUAUAUGGCUACACCACAACAAGAACCAUUUCUUCAUGUCAUUACAGACCAAGAGAAAAGUGGGGAGAAGUUGGUCCCAUGGACAAAAGGCCAGAUGGGCAUUUCAGGGUUUGUUCUUGUUCUAGCUUUGGUGUUGGUAGAGAAGAAGGAGAAUUAGAGGGUAGGAGUAGGAGAAAACAGAAUGAAAAAGAACUAGUAGAGGAAGAAGACGGUGAGAGUGGUAGUGAAGAGGAAGAAGAAGAAGAAGAAGAUAUGGAGGCUUUAAGUCCUACUGCUGUUUUGCCUGAGAGAUGGGAUGUUCUGGGUCUUGGCCAAGCUAUGGUAGAUUUUUCUGGUAUGGUGGAUGAUGAAUUUUUGGAGAGAUUGGGAUUAGAGAAGGGAACAAGGAAAGUUGUGAACCAUGAAGAGAGGGGUAGAGUUUUGCGAGCUAUGGAUGGUUGCAGCUACAAGGCAGCUGCUGGUGGAUCUCUUUCAAACAGCCUAGUGGCUCUGGCAAGGCUCGGCUGCAAGCCCAUUUCAGGCCCUGCCUUAAGUGUAGCCAUGGCAGGCAGUGUUGGGAGUGAUCCAUUGGGUGACUUUUACAGGGCUAAAUUACGUCGGGCAAAUGUGAAUUUUCUGUCUGCACCUGUCAAAGAUGGGACAACGGGAACAGUGAUAGUUCUCACAACUCCUGAUGCUCAGAGAACUAUGCUUUCAUAUCAGGGUACAUCUUCAACUGUUAAUUACGAUCCGAGCUUGGCUACCAUAGUUUCCAAGACAAACAUAUUAAUAGUUGAAGGUUAUUUGUUUGAACUUACUGAUACAAUUAAAACAAUUACAAGAGCAUGUGAAGCAGCACGCAAAAAUGGUGCAUUGGUGGCAAUCACAGCCUCGGAUGUGUCCUGCAUCGAGAGACAUUAUGAUGAUUUCUGGGAAAUUGUAGAGAACUAUGCAGAUGUUAUAUUUGCAAACAGUGAUGAAGCAAGAGCAUUAUGUGAUUUUGAUCCAAAGGAAAGUGCAAUUUCAGCUACAAGAUAUCUUAGUCACUUUGUUCCUCUAGUCUCUGUUACAGAUGGGCCAAGAGGCUCCUACAUAGGUGUAAAAGGAGAAGCCGUAUAUAUUCCCCCUUCGCCAUGUGUACCAGUCGACACAUGUGGUGCCGGAGAUGCAUAUGCAUCUGGUAUUUUGUAUGGCAUUUUACGAGGCAUAUCAGACCUCAAAGGAAUGGGUACACUAGCAGCUAGGAUUGCAGCAACAGUUGUCGGACAACAGGGAACUCGGCUUGGAGUUCAUGAUGCUCUUAAGCUAGCAGAGUCCUUGACAUUUAAUCUCGAGACUAACACUGUUAGAUCAGAUGCUGGUUCCGAUCAAGUUUCCAGCUUGUAACGAUGUGGCUCGAGCCAUUCUGAUAUCUGAAUUCUUUUGUAGACUGUAUUCUCUUUGUCUAUACAUUGUAACAAUGUAAAUAUGUUAUAAAUAUAUACAUUGAUUAUACUGGCAAUGAAUUUGCCAUGUUCA